ACGAAGUCACCAAAAAUAAAGAUCAAGACAAAAUAAUCAAGGAAGAAAAAUUCAAAGUACAGAUACCUAUUGAUAUUAGAGAACCCUUGGACACCAUAUAUAAUUCCUGGAAGAAGAAAGUUGAAAAGUUUAUGGAUAAAGUUGAACCAAAUAAAAGAAGUAAACACAAAAUGUUAGAAUGGUCUCAGAAUUUUGCUAAAGAUAUUAAUUCAAACAAACAAGAUAAUUAUGAAAAGUGCUAUCAAAGUGAUAUAAGCACCUUCAAAGAUAAGAAAAAGGCUAUUGAAUGGAUAUUAGAAUCUGCAAAAGAGCCUCAAAAUUCAAAUAAAAUAAACAAUACUAUAACUGAAACAAGAGUAAUUAUAUUAGAACCUAAAAAUAAUAAGAAGCUGUGGUUAGAGAUACUGGUCAGAAGAACAAUCAUAAUCGAGACCAAAGUAUAUAGAACCUUCGAAUGCCUACUUUUGCAACUACCAACAAGAUGUAUAUUUGAUCCUGGAGGAACAAUUUUCCUAGUACUGGCAAGUUUAAUAAGUACUAUGCAAGAAAUUUGA